GGAAGUAAGCGAACAACAUCAGGAAAGCAAAGCUAUUUGUUAAUACAUAAAUGUCAAUCAGUUUGAGAAGAGAUCAGUUUAAUGCUGCUAUCUAGACACUGAUUGGAUUUAUAAACUAAAUGAAGUUUGUGUUUGAUGAUCUUCAUUGUUAAGACAGAGAAUAAAGGUUGUAUUGAGGAAUCAGGAUAUGAAAAGUUAAAAAGACUUGAAGGUCAAAAGAUCACAAUCCUGACAUACUUGAAUAGAUUCAGACAUGCAAACUGAUUCUAGGAGCUGUGUCUGUUACUGAACUGGGAAUUGAUAUGAACAGAUUUUGACAGCACUGACUGUAAAAUGAGUCUCUAUGUGAAGAGAGAGAAGGAGGAUGUUGUUCACACACAUAAAGCAGCAUCUCCAGAACCCAGCUGUGUGUCUAUGAAGAGUGAUGCAUUCAUGGGAAGUCGACCUGGUCUCAGUGAUGGAGCAGUGACCUCUGACAAAUUAGUGAUCUCUGCCAGUAAAAUGAGUCUCUGUGAGAAGAGAGAGGAGGAGGAUGUUGUUCACAGGCAUAAAGCAGCAUCUCCACAACCCAGCUAUGUAUCUAUGAAGAGCGAAGCAUCCAUGGGAAAUCGACCUGGUCUCAGUGAUGGAACAGUGAUCCCUAAAAGAUUUGUGAAAGUGAGGAGAGAUAAUGUGAUCAGAUCACUGAUGCCCCAUCUGACCUGCACUGACUCUGACAGUCAGACCCUCAUCAGACAAAGAGUCAAAGACCAGCACAAAACCAGCAUGAAGUACAAGUAUGAGAGCUUAUUUGAGGGAAUCAGACUAGAAGAGAAUCAAACCCUCCUGAACAGGAUCUACACACAGCUCUACAUCAUAGAGGGGGAGAGUGAAGGUGUGAAUGAAGAACAUGAGGUUUUACAGAUGGAGAAAUCAGCCAGAACACAAGACACUCCAAUUUACUGCAACGACAUCUUUAAACCCUUACAUCAUCCAGGAUAUGAGAAAGACCAAAUCAAGACUGUUCUUACUAAAGGCAUCGCUGGAAUUGGAAAAACUGUCUCUGUGCAGAAGUUCAUUCUGGACUGGGCCGAGGGAAAAGCCAAUCAGGAUGUAGAUUUCAUGUUUGUGCUUCCAUUUCGAGAGCUGAACUUGAUUAAAGAUCACCAGUACAGUCUUCACAGACUUUUGCUGGACUUUCAUCCUGAACUUCAAGAUCUGGACUCAAAGAUUUAUGAGGAGUGUAAAGUUGUGUUCAUCUUUGAUGGUUUGGAUGAAAGCAGAAUCACACUGAUGUUUUCAGACAGACAGAAAGUUUGUGAUGUGAACAAGUCUUCAUCGGUGGGUUUGUUGAUGUCAAACCUCAUCAGAGGAGAUCUGCUUCCCUCUGCUCUCAUCUGGAUCACAUCCAGACCAGCAGCAGCCAAUCAGAUCCCCUCAAAAUACAUCAACCGUGUGACAGAAAUUCAAGGAUUUAAUGAGCCUCAGAAGGAGGAAUAUUUCAGAAAGCGAAUCAGUGAUGAGCAUCAAGCCAGCAGAAUCAUCUCACACAUCAGAAGAUCAAGAAGCCUCAACAUCAUGUGUCACAUACCCGUCUUCUGCUGGAUCUCAGCCACUGUGCUUCAAAACCUCCUCAAAGAAGAUGACAGUGCAGAAAUCCCUCAAACUCUGACUGAAAUGUACAUCACCUUCUUGCUGACUCAGAUCAACAUGAGGAAUCAGAAGUAUGAUGAGAGAAAAACAGAGAAACUCCUGCAGUCCAGCAGAGAAGUGAUUGUGAAACUUGCUGAACUGGCUUUCAAUCAGCUGAUGAAGGGCAAUGUGAUGUUCUAUGAGGAGGACCUGAUUGAGAGCGGCAUCAAAGUCAAUGACGCCUCAGUGUAUUCUGGGAUUUGCACUGAGAUUUUUAAAGAGGAAUCUGUGAUUCAUCAGAGGAAAGUCUACAGCUUCAUUCAUCUUAGCUUUCAGGAGUUUCUAGCUGCUUUCUUUGUGUUUUACUCCUACUUAACCAAGAAUGUGGAAUCACUGAAAUUUCUGACUGAAAGAUAUCAGUGGUACUGCUGGACAGUCUCUCUGUAUGAGCCACUAAUAGAAGCAGUUGAUAAAUCCUUAAAGAGUGAAAAUGGACAUCUGGAUCUGUUCCUGCGGUUUCUGCUGGGCGUCUCUCUGGAGUCCAAUCAGAAACUCUUACAGGAUCUACUGACACAUACAGUGAACAUCUCAGAGACCCUCAAGAGAAUCACACAUUACAUUAAAGACAAAAUCAAUGGUGACGAACAUCUUUCAGCUGACAGAUGCAUCAAUCUGUUCAUCUGUCUGCUGGAAAUGAAGGACCAGACUCUGUACAGAGAGAUUCAGGAGUUUGUGAAAUCAAAGAAUCACUCAGUGAAUAGUCUCUCUCCUGGUCACUGCUCAACAAUCACAUACAUGCUUCAGAUAUCAGAGCUGCUGGAUGAGUUUGAUCUGAAGAAAUACAACACAUCAGAUGAGGGUCGAAGAAGACUGAUACCAUCUGUGAUCAACAGCAAAAAAGCUCUACUCACAGACUGUAAUCUCACCGUUCAGUGCUGUGAAAGUUUGUCUUCAUCUCUACAAUCACCAAACUCCUCACUGAGAGAGCUGGACCUGAGUAACAAUGACAUACAGGAUUCAGGGGUGAAACUUCUCUCUGAUGGACUGAAGAAUCCAAACUGUCAACUCAACAUACUGAGAUUAUCUGGCUGUAUGGUGACAGAAGAAGGCUGUUGUUUUCUGGCUUUAGCUCUGAGCUCAAACCCCUCACACCUGAGAGAACUGGAUCUGAGCUACAAUCACCCAGGACAAUCAUUAGUCAAGCUGCUCUCUGAUCCAAACUACAGACUGGACAAACUCAAUGUGGAUUAUGGAGGAGAGUUCAGGAUUAAAGCAGGACUGCAAAAAUAUGCAUGUGAUCUCACACUGGAUUUAAACACAGUAAACACUCGUCUCGCUUUGUCUGAGAGGAACAGAAAGGUGACACGUGUGUCAGAGAAGCAGCCAUAUCCUGAUCAUCCAGAGAGAUUUGAUGAGCGUCAUCAGGUUCUGUGUAGAGAAAAUCUGUCUGGACGCUCUUACUGGAAAGCUGAAUGGCACGGAUUUGGGGUUUAUAUAUCAGUGACAUAUAAAAGAAUCAGCAGGAAAGGGUACAGCAAUGACUGUCGGUUUGGAUACAAUGAAAAAUCCUGGAGUCUGGACUGUAGCAAUAAUGGAUUCACUGCCAGACACAAUAAUAAUAGCACAGUCUUAUCUGCUCCUUCAAGUUCUCACAAAGUAGGAGUGUAUUUGGAUGUGUCAGCUGGUGUUCUGUCCUUCUACAGUAUCUCUGACACAAACACACUCACACACUUACACACAUUCAACAGCACAUUCACUGAACCCCUCUAUGCUGGAUUUGGAGUUUAUUCUUCUGGCAGUUCAGUGUCUUUAUGUGAGAUGAAUGAAAUGUAAAUACACGAUAAAAUUAGACUGUAAAUAAGUAAUGUGUCUCACUGACAAAUCUAAAAUUAUCUUUGAUGUUGACUUUACAAAAAUACAUAAUUUGUAUUUUAAGUGAAUUUCUAUCUGUCAGGAAAGCAGUGCUAUUUUGACUUUAAUCCUAAAUGUAUGUUUUUCAUUCAUAUUAAGUAUUGAGUUUUAGUCUGAGGACAGGUGUUUUUAGGGGUAAUGAGUAAUAAUGCAAAGCCAUUUUGAUACAAUAAUAAAAAAAAACUAAAAAAAAACUAACUAAUCUAAUCUAACAAUCCUUUUGUCUUUUUAGUGAUCAUCUGAAGCUGAAUAUAUAGAUUUAUUGUGUGACAUUUAUAGACUAUAAAUAUCACACAAUAAAUCUAUAUAUUCAACUUCAUGUUUUUGAAGACACAUUGCCAUUUUAGCACAAGUAAAGUGAGAGCUUUACUGUAAACAUGAUUAUUUAUACAAACAGAGGAAUGAGUCAGUAUUUUUUUCAAAGACAGUCAACAGCAGGACGUAGACACUGUCAAUAGAGCUCACACUGUAUUGAACUCAGAAUAUUCUUUUAACAAAUAUUUAGGAUUCACUUCACUUGUGACAUUGUUUUAAUGAGGAAGAAUCAGUCCACAUCUGGUAAAAAGACAGCUUCCUGCUGUCACUGUGAUCGUUAACCCCCUUGUCUGAUCUUCAGGUUUUACACACACUCGCUUACAGGUAAAUAUAUAAACCAGUUGAACAAGUUUUGUCAAAAGUGAAACUAUUUCAUCAGACUCCAUUUUAAAAAACCUAGAAUAUGAACCGCAUCAGGAGAGAAUAGCUGUUUGUGAAUAAUGUGAAUCAACUGUCCUGUGACAAUGUUUAUUGAUAAUUUAAUUAAUACAGCCAGUAAUAAUGUAAAAGUCAUUGUUGUAAAUAUACGGGACCCCAGACAUGAUAUGCAGGAAAUAAUUAUUUCCCUCAUUUUGAGUAAAUUGUGCACAUGAUUUACAAAUCCGUUCUAUUUGUUGAAUUUAUGAACAGGUGACAUCCCCCCUACAGUCCAAUUAUACUUGAUUCAUAACAGCAUAGAUAUAGGUCUUUCCUUUAGAAAUGAGGUAAUGAACUAGUGAAACAUGCUUAUGAUUUACUUAAAAUAUGGUAACGAAUUAGUAAAUCGUGAGAACAAAUUGUUAAUUAGUGGCCAUGUUAUAAAUAUUUUCCCCUGCACAUGUCAGGUCUGUAGCUCCCUAUAAAUGUGAAGUAAAUUCACAGAGAUGAAAUGAGCUCAUCAGAGUGGGAGCUGCUCUGUUGACUGUGAAUCUCUGCUGCUCACAGAAAGACAAAGUUAAUAAUGUUCUCCUGAUCCUGACAGUCAUGAAUGGAUUCAGACAAAUUGAUUCUAGGAGCUAUUUCUGAAACUGUUGAACUGAGAGUUGAGUUGAACAGCUUUUGAUAGUCUUGCCUGAAAAAUGAGUCUCUGUGAGAAGGGAGAGGAGGAGGAUGUCACACAUAAAGCAGCAUCUCCAGAACCCGGCUGUGUGUCUGUGAAGAGUGAUGAAUCCAUGGAAAUCCCCCUUAAUCUCAGUGAUGGAGCAGUGACCUUUGACACAUUUGUAAUGUGAAGAAAUCAAUGAUCCACUAUCAGCAUUUAAAAUAUUAAUAAUUUGAUGUAUGUCUGUAGUUGUGCUCAUGAUCAUCUAGAUUAUUUUCUAUGUAAUUUAAGUCAUAAGCUUUGUUUUAAAAUUAUUUAGGAGCCUAAAGGAGCAAAAACAGUCUCUAUGUAUAGCAUCCACUAAUGAAAUUAGUUGUUUCUACACAGCUAAUGGGACACUGUCUGAACUGACACCUCUGAGUGAAUCUGGUGUCGAAUUAGAGCUCACAGUUUAAUGUGGUAGAGCAUUUUAAUGAUUUUUUUCUGUUUUAAUGCUUUUUCACAGUGUUUCUGUUCAUCUUUCUGUUUCUGCAGAGUAAACACUGAUGAUGUGAUCGGAUCAGUGACACCCUGUCUGACCUGCACUGACUCUGACCGUCAGAUACUCAUCAGACAGAGAGUCACAGCACAAGACCAGCACAAAACCAGCAUGAAGAACAAGUAUGAGAGCUUAACUGAGGGAAUCAGACUAGAAGGGAAUCAAAUCCUCCAGAGCAGGAUCUACACACAGCUCUACAUCAUAGAGGGAGAGAUGGAAGGGGUGAAUAAACAACAUGAGGUUUUACAGAUGGAGAAAAAAGCCAGAACACGAGACACUCCAACCUACUGCAAUGACAUCUUUAAACCCUUACAUCAACCAGGAUAUGAGGAUGGCCAAAUCAAGACUGUUCUUACUAACGGCAUCGCUGGAAUUGGAAAAUCCGUCUCUGUGCAGAAGUUCAUUCUAGACUGGGCUUAGGGAAAAGCCAAUCAGGAUGUAGAUUUUAUGUUUGUGCUUCCAUUUCAAGAAAUGAAUUUGAUUAAAGAUCACCAGUACAGUCUUCACAGACUUCUGCUGGACUUUCAUCCUGAACUUCAAGAUCUGGACUCAAAGAUUUAUGUAGUAAAGUUAAAGCUAAAGUGUAAAGUUGUGUUCAUCUUUGAUGGUCUGGAUGAAAGCAGAAUCACACUGAUGUUUUCAGACUCUCAGAAAGUCACAAUGACCUACAGGAUUCAGGAGUGAAGAGUCCAAACUGUCAACUCAACAUCCUGAAUUGAUGUUUACAAUGUAUCAACAGACCCAAGGGUGUCUUAAUGCUGUGACU